AUUAUAGUUCUGGACUAUGUUCAAGACUAACGUAUACUUGCUGGUUGGUCAAUCAGCUGUUGUGGUUGCCUUAAUAACUCCUGCUGCGGUUGCAGCCUGACCUCGUCAACCAACCCGUCCUGAGACCUAGUUCAUUCCAUCCAGUGGUCAGCCUCAAAGACACAUUCAACAGUUUUAACACCCUCUCUGAUCAAAAUAGGAUUUUCCUCAAAUAUAAAUUAAUAUAUUUUAGUAUAUUGUGCAUAUUUAGGCAUUGGUUAGGUUAGAUGUUUAUGUUCUGUCGGCAUUUAUUUGUUUUUGUGGUACGUGGGUAAAGUAUUUACGGCGUUUUUCGAACAAAAAGUCGUCAGCGAAGCACUUGUUCCGGAAGUGUUCGGAACUCAUCAGUUCUGAUUCGUGUGUAAGCCAUUUUUCAUUCAUAAACAGCAGGUUUGGAGGGCACAUAGAAUGGACUUUGGCCUUUGUUUAUGAGGAUGGGCUGCAUCAACAAAGGUCGAUGCUUAUUCCAUGCAACCGCCAAAUCUCUUAUAUGAAUGAAGAAUUCUUUACACACGACUCACAACUAAUGAUUGAACAUUGUUCGAAGAGUGACUCACUGGCGACUUCUGUUCAAAUUGCAAUUCUGUUAAUGCUUCACCCUUGUAGUACAAAUGCAAAUAAUUGCCAUAGAACCCAAAUGUCUAACCUAAUCUAAGCCUAAAUAGGCUGAUGUGUAAUAAUAAUAUUUGAGAUAAUUAGUAUUUUGAAUGAAGAGCAUGUUAAAAUUGAUGACUGUGUCUUUGGGGUCAGCUGGUGGUUGGAAUGAACAUGAUCUGAGGACAGGUUAUACAGUUGAUAUUCCUUAGGACCAACACCAAACCAAAAAGCAAACUGUUUAAAUCAGUUACCCAGUUUUCAGGGGAAAUUUUGCAACAUGAACUGCUCUUGAUCUUGUACAGUAUAUUAACCCUAAAGUGUGGGUAUGAUCAAAGUGAAGGAAUACAUAGUGCCACCUCCAGGCCACUAUGAUCAGGAGCCACCUUAAGACCAUCAGAAAAUCAAAAAACUAAAUUUGGUGGUAACAUUCAGCAGCAGCAUUCUGCGAUCAACUUGUGACUGUGUGGGUAAUAUGGCACUGUGAUUUGUGAAACUGAUCCACUUGGUAAAUAAUAUAUUAUAACUUCAACAUGUUCCGCAUCCUUGGUUACGUAUGUCAUCGCAAAUUAGUGUGCGGGACAAAUCUACACAGAACGUCAAGACUGGCAGUUCGGCAGCUCCACGGUGAACCACAGAGGCAUCGAAGUCUCGUACAGAUUCAGGGGACAGAGGCAGCUGAAUUCCUUCAGGGCCUUAUUACAAAUGACAUAAAUCAUUUAGAAGAUGGAGCUAAAAGCAUGUAUUCAAUGCUCCUGAAUACGCAGGGAAGAGUUUUAUUUGAUACUAUAAUAUAUAGAAAAGAUGAAAAGAAUUUCAUUGUUGAAAGUGAUAAUGAUAGAGUAAUCCAAUUAGUGCGACACCUGAGGAUGUACAGAGUAAGAAGGAAAAUUGAUAUUGAUUGUAUUGAUGAUGAUUAUCAUAUUUGGUGUGUGUUUGAUCCUGACUUAAAUUUUAAAGAUAUUACACAUGUAAAUUUAGAGUCAUUGUACAUGAAUCCUAGAGGAGAGUCUGAAGCUCUCCUAGAAGUCUCGAAUAAUGUGGAAGAUGUCAUAAUAACAAGAGAUCCAAGAAUGAAAUAUCUGGGCCAUAGAGUAAUUGUCCCAUCUAAUGGUUCUAUUGAUGAUAUUCUUCCCAGCAUUCAACAUGGUGAAGCGAAAUUCAUGACCCUACGUUACAGAUUGGGAGUGGGUGAAGGUAUGGUGGAACUUCCACCUACAAAAUGUCUCCCUCUAGAGGCCAACUGUGACUAUCUUCAUGGUGUCAGUUUCCACAAGGGUUGCUACAUUGGCCAAGAACUUACUGCCAGGACUUUUCAUACCGGUGUUGUGCGUAAACGAUACAUGCCUCUCAUAUUCUCGGGUGAUGCUACUGAUGUGUCUUUUGAUGCUAGCAUAGUGAAUGAAAAGGGAAAGUCUGUGGGAAAAGUACGAGGUUGUGAAGGUCAGUAUGGCAUUGGACUUCUAAGAAUUGAAGAAUGUUUGGAGGCUAAGUCAUUAAUGGUUAAUGAUGUGCCAGUUAGUACAUUUAAACCAGCUUGGUGGCCAUAUGAAGCUUCUAAAGAAAGAAUGAAUUAAAUCUUACAUACUGCAUAAGAGAUAAUUUAUAUCAUAUUUAUUGCACCAAAUAAUAUAUUGUCUCCAAGUUUUAAAAAGUUUUGCUUAGGCUAUAUUAUUAUUACCAUUUAUGAAAUCUUUAGCACAAGAACAAAAGUUCGCCAUGCAGUGUAUUAUGCUUUGGUGAUGCCUGAAUUAUUCUUAAAAUAAAUUAAAAUUAGGGCUUGCAUGGGUGUAAAUGUGUGGUAGUAAAUUAUUCAUAUUUUAAAUAGGAAUUGGAAACCCAUCCAUAAAGUUUAUUCAAGCUAUGUAAAUGUUACCAUAGAAACUCAAAUGCUGAAGUAAUAAAUUAAUUAGCAUUUCCCGAUGUAUAUACAUUACCAUUACCUAAUAAUACUGUACAAAUAAAAAAGGUUAUAUAUAUUAAAAAAUUAAAUGUCA